AUGAACUGCUCCGUCACCUUUCUGGAGAUGGAGAUUGAAGAUAUGAAGGAGAUAAACCAUGAGCUAAGGCAACAUGUCAGACAACUGCUUGAUAAGGAUCAAGUGGUGGGAAGUCAAGUGGAUAGGUUCACCUAUAAAAAUGAUCAUCUGUCUAAAGAACUGGCUGUAAUUGGCAAACUGUCUGAGCAGCUGGAAAAAGAAUUGCUACUGAACACUGCUGAUAAGGAGCUUGAGGAAGCAAAGAUUCAAAUUCAACACCAGCAGAACAAGAUAAAGAAGCUGGAACACAUGGUGAAAACACUAAGAUCUGUUAUUUUAGAAACAGAAGCUGAAAUAAAGCAAGUGAAGUCACCUUCAAGGCUUGAUACCUUUAUUAAGACGUUGGAACCGGACAGAGAGUACUGUAAAUGUGAGACGAAUUUGCUGAGGGUAUUUAGAAAUGCAUUUUCAAAUCCUAAGCAAACCUCAUGUGGCAGCAUGUCAAAAAAAUUUUCAUCCAUCCAGGGAGUGAGUUCUGAUCCACAAGUUUUGCAAAUAUUGAGAGAACGUGAAGAACUUAAGUCAACGCUGAAAAAAUAUGAGCGCCGUGUGGCAGAAAUUCAGGGUAACUUCAAAGUUUUAACAGCUGAGAGAGACAAAAUUGUCAAUCUUUAUGAACAGGCACAGGAAGAGAUUUCCCGACUUCGUCAGGAAAUUAUCAAAUGCCCCAGGACUCGUAAAAGUACUGUGACAGCUCAAGCUAUGUUAAGACAUGUGGAGAUUGAAAGGGAUACAGCACUGUUAGAUUUCCGAAGGAUGACUACAGAACGCGAUAGCCUCAGGGAGCAGUUAAAGAUUUCCCAAGACACUGCGUUUAAUGAAAAGGCUCAUUUGGAACAGAGAAUUGAAGAGCUAGAAACUACCAUUCAAAAUUUAGAUAGGGAACAGUUAGAACAGAUGUCCAGAGCAGAGCUAAUGAAAGACACCAUUGAUUCUCUGGAAACUGAGAUGAAGAGACUGGCAAGAAAAGCACUGGACUCUGAAACUGAGCUGAGCCGACAGGAAGCUGAAUAUGUUUCACUUAGUUUAUUGAAUGAAAAGACAGAACAGAGUCUUUCAGAGGCUCAGCAAAGCCUUAUUAAGAAAAAGUAUGAAAUGCAACUUACCCAAGAGAAAAUUAUGCUUUUGGAUGAAAAAAUCGAGAACUUUUCAAGACAAAGUCUUGUACAACGAGAGGAGAUCUGUGCUUUGAAAGAAACAAUUGCACAGCUUGAUAAAGAGAAAGCGUCUUUGCAAGACCGUGUGGAAGAAGGAAGAGAGAAGAUUGCUACUUUUGAGGAAAGCCUGGCAAUGAAAGAGAAAAUAAUUUCAGAUUUCAAGAUUCUGAUUUCUGAGUUGGAGCGUUCCACAAAAAAAUCUGCUGAAGCACUCUCUAUCUGUGAGAAAGAUAUCACCAGUUUGCAUCAACAGCUACAAGAAACCAAAAAAGAACUUGCACAGUCUAACAAGAACAGAGACUCAUUGGCUCAGGAGAACAACAGGUUACAAGAGCAUCUUUCUAAUAUUAAGCAAGAAAAUCAGGUGAUAUAUAAAAAACUAGCAAAGUACCAGAAUGAGCUUGAUGAUAUGAAGUUGCAAGCCCAGAGUUCAAACACAGAUAUUGUCAGACUGAAGGGUGUACUGAAGUCUAAAGAAAGAGAGAACUGCGAGCUUUUAGAGAACUACCACAAAGCCCGUGAACAAGGAGAAAGUUGGGAAGCAAAAUGCCAUCAGGCAGAAGCAGAUUGUAGCUCUGUUAGAUGGGCACUGAUCAGUGCGGAGUCUGAGAACCGCAGGUUGAAAGAGAAGAUGGAGUCCCUUGAAACAGAGAUGGAGCAACUGCAGAACAAGUGUGAAUCAACCCAUUCUGAAAUAGAACUGCUGAGAAAACAACUGGCAAGUGAAAGAGCAUCUAUGAAAAAACUGGAAUCUUUGCUUGUGUCCACUCGUGAGAAAGAAUUUCAGUCACAGAUAGCAAAGCAAGAAAAAGACUCUGAAGUUCAGUUUCUCAAGGAACAACUUUCUUUAGCAGAAAAUAAACUCACUGUACAGAGUCGAGAUAUUACUCAUCUCAGCAACAGAGCAGCUCAGCUAGAGUCAGAACUGGAUAUCACCAAAAGACAGCUGGGGACCGAGCGCUUUGAAAGGGAACAUGCUGUACAGGAGCUUCGACGCCAAAAUCAUGCAAUUCCUUAUCAGUUAAGCUCUACAUUAAGAACAUCAUCACCUGAACAUUCCCAUCAUCGAUCUCCUGAUUGGUCUCUGGACUGGUCCCUGGAAGGUAGUUUUCAGAAUAAUUUUUACUCUAUAUACGUGCGCUUUUUAAAAAGAAACAUAAAUGCCUUCUAA